AUGAAUCGUUUCCAUUUCGGCGACUCGGACGAGUCUGCCUCCGACUUCGACGAGGACCCCUCCGGCCUGCCUUUUCCCGAGCCGCUAUCACGAACCUCGUUCCUGGCCCCUGACUUUGACCCGGCGGUCUUUCUCUCCUCUUUGAGGAAUCGACACCAGAGUCUCGAAGAUCUGCGUCAAGAGUUGCGGAGCUUGGAGCAAGGGCUGAACAAGGAGCUGCUGGACCUGGUCAACGAGAACUAUCAGGACUUCCUGUCCCUCGGCACCGCAUUGCGCGGAGGAGAGGAGAAGAUCGAGGGGGUCAAAGUGGGCCUGCUAUCUUUCCAACGGGAUGUGCAGUCUAUACGGGAUAAAGUAGAAGCACGUCGCCAGGAAGUAGAAGGGCUAUUGAACGAGAAACGACAACUCCGAACGCAGGCAGAUAUCGGCAAAGACCUCCUGGACUAUGCCGACCGCGUCGAGGAAUUAGAGCACCGAUUGAUGAUCGCGGACAAAUCUUGGUCAAACGGAGAUGCCUCGGCUGAUGAUGAGUCCGACUCCGAGUCCGAUCUAUAUGGCAGCGGCAGCGACGAAAGUGACGACGAGGAAUUGGAAGACGGCACUGCGCCUGUAUCGUUGAAACGACUAGAGCGCCAUGUCCAGAAAUACGUAUUCUUGACCUCGAUUGCCAAACGAGUGGGUGAGAACCACCCAUUCCUUUUUGCGCAGCAGCCGCGCGUGUCCAAGAUCAAGUCCACCGUUCUGCUGGAUUUGAAGACUGCGUUGGAACGGGCUGGUCCUGCGGGUGAUAAGCGUGAUGCGCGGACAAUGGCAGUCCUCCGCCUCUACGACUUGAUGGGCGAGGAUGUGAGUGCCGUGGCCGCGCUCAAGAACCUCAAAAUUUAG